GGUUUUCAUUUCAAGAAGUCUCCCAUGUGUGUUAUGGUGUGCUAGAACGUCGAAGUAAGGUAACCCGACAUUUUGUGUAACAUGUGAAUCGUUGAAGUAUACAAGGAAAACUUCGUACGUGUUGAAUUGCUCGUACUACAGUGGUUUAAUACCUUUUAGGUGAUAUAUAUUAUUUUAAAAGCGAGUGCCAGAUUAGUUUUUGCCUUGGAAACGGUGCAUAGUGAGGGGAACCCCCCUUUCUUGUGAACAUGGUGGUCUAGAAAAAGUUUUUUUAAACGAGAUCUUGAUGUUGAAAUCUAGAACCCUGGACAGCAUGGGCUCCGAUGGUGAAAGGAACCCACAGAUGACCUCAGUGAAAUGUAAAAUUGUGAUUGUGGGAGAUAGCGAGUGUGGAAAGACUUCGCUGAUUCAGCGCUACAUCAAAGAAAACUUUAAUGAGGUCUACUCACCCACCGCUUUCGAUACCUACAACACAACGUACCAUGUCUCGGAGACCUACAGAAUCCAGAUGUCCCUGUGGGACACCUCAGGAUCCCAUAGAUACGACAGUGUACGACCUCUAUCGUACGCCGAUGCCGAUCUCAUUAUGAUUUGUUUCUCAGUCGCAGAACCAGACAGCAUGGACCAUGCCAUCUCUAGGUGGUCAAGUGAAGUCCGAGAACAUUGCCCAAAACAACCUAUCAUAUUGGUCGGCUGCAAAACGGACUUGCGGACAGACGCCGCGACGGUAGCGGAACUUGCCAAAAGAAGGACUACGCCGAUCAUGUACGAUCAGGCCUUGAAAACAGCAAAACAAAUUGGUGCAUUAGUUUAUUCGGAAAUUUCUUCCAAGGAUUCCCAACGAAGCGUAAAUGACGUCAUUGAAGUAGCAGCGCUUUCUUCGGCCGGAAAUAAAACCACCCCAGAACAGAGUCCCACUUUUCGCCGCCAGAGGUCGUUCAUGCGGCGGAAACGUUUCAACGGAAUGGGAGAGGCGACAGUGCAAUUACGAAAAGAAGCCGCGAAAAGUUGUAGCAUAAUGUAAAAAAAAAAAAUGGACAGAAUUCUCAAGAAAGCCUAUAGACUUGUGAUCUCUUGACUUUCCCAAAGGAAAGAUAUAUAUAUACUGUUUUCCAAAAGCUUUAAAAAAGCUUUCUAUGUUACUGUUGAAAUGGAAUGCAUUUUCUUGUGCUUACAUGUUCUUCAUCAAGUUCGCAUGCUCUCCAAAAUGGUUCUCUCUGUCGUUUGUUCAUUAUUAUAAUUCAAACGUCUGUGGAAAUCAGCCUUUACGUCCUUCUGUGAUGGCACGUACCUAUGCAGUGUCUGUUCGUUAUAGCGACAAUAAUGAGAAAUUCAUUAAACUUUAAAAUAACCAGUCUCAUUUUUGAGAUGAUAUUCACCGCAAACGGUAAAUUCAUUCAUUUUCCUUGUUUGAAAACGCAGAGAAAUAUGUUGUGGUAAAGACGCCAGGAGAAGCAGAAUUCGUAGAAAGAGAUGAUCGAGCAUUGAGUAGUGUUAGAGGAGUGAGACAAGGGGUCCUAUUUUCCCCCACGUUCUUUAUAGCUAGAAGUUAUUGCAAAGGUGCUAGAGUGUGAAUGGAGAGAGAGACUGGCAAUGGAAAGUUGUCGAACAGUUUGUCUUUCAUAUUUUGCGUAUAGUAUUGAAUGCAACGACUAAGAUUAUUUAUUUUGAGCAAGAGUGUGUAAAACAACUGUGUGUAAUUUUUUUUUCAACGAGAUGCUGUGUGCAAUAUUAAAAGGUGUGGAUGUUUGAUUAAUAUGUUUCAAAUUAUGUUUUUUUUUAUACACGAGAGUGUUGCAAGUGGAACAAAUUUGUCAAUGAAAUGAAAAUAAACCAGAAAUGUUGAAA